UUAUUUUAAAUUAAAGCAAGAGAGAGAAAAAAGAAAAAAAAGAAGAAAGCAAAGACGAUGGUGGAUGAUUAAAAUACAUAGAAAUCGUACAAGGUACUGCUUUAGACCUAUUAUUUGGGCUUUAAUUUGCCGUGUUAUUUAAUUUUACUUAAAAAUUUUUAUUUCAGACAAUUUAUAGAAAAAAAAAUUAAUGAGCUUCUUUACGAACCAUCAGGGGAGUUUCAUAACUUCUGCCGCAUGAGUUUCACAGAUUUUGAGUAUUUGCUAGACAAAAUUUCUCCUCUGAUUUCGAAACAAGAUACGGACUUCAGGGAAGCUAUACCAGCGAAAUAUCGUCUAGCAUCUACACUAAGGUUUAUCGCAAGUGGUGACAGUUAUAAAAGUUUACACUAUUUAUUCAAAGUGUCUCCCCAAGCAAUAUCAAAAAUUAUACCCGAAGUCUGCAAAGCAAUUAAUGAUGUUCUAAGAAAUGAAAUAAAGAUGCCAUCAACGGCUGAUGCUUGGAUGAAUAUAGAAAGAGGGUUUAGAAGAAAAUUUCCACACUGUCUUGGUUCCAUAGACGGCAAGCAUAUUAAUAUAGAAAGUCCACCUCAUAGCGGAACUGAAUAUUUAAAUUAUAAGAAAACGUUCAGCAUCGUUCUAUUGCCAUUAGUUGAUGCCCACUACAACUUUAUAUUUGUUGACAUAGGAUGCCAAGGGAGGAUUAGCGAUGGUGGCGUCUUUAAUAAUUCAUUACUGUGGAAAAAAAUCUGUAAAAAUGAAAUUGAUUUUCCUAUACCAUGCCCACUUCCUGGAUCGGACGUUAACGUUCCAUACGUUUUCAUAGGAGAUGGUGCUUUUGCAUUGAGCAUGCAUGUUAUGAAACCCUACCCAGGACAGCAUAACAUCGGUUCACCAAAAAGAAUAUUCAAUCAAUGUUUAUCUAGAGCUCGGGUAGUAGUCGAAAACACAUUUGGAGUUUUAGCUUCAGUGUUUCGUAUUUACCGUCGUCCAAUUUAUUUAGACCCCAUUACUGUAUCAGAAAUAACAAUGACCUGUGUACUACUACAUAACUUCCUUCGAAAAAACUCCCCAGAGAGAUAUACCCCCCCAGGAACGUUUGAUACGAUUGACAGAAAUGGUGAAAUAAUAACACGUGGAUCUUGGCGAAAAUACGAAGAGGAAUAUAAUGCAAUUCAGAACAUGCCAAAUGUACCCCGUAGGUCACCUAUGCAUGCCAAACAGAUAAGGGAAGAAUUUACGUUAUAUUUUUGUAAUAGAUUUACUUAGCAUUCUACAUUAUUUAAAAAUUAUCCCUCAACAUAGAAAGGAUAGGUAAUUAGUAAGUAGUAGGAUAAGUAAGUAGUAGUAGCAUUAAGUAAGUAGUAAGUAAUAUAAAAAGGAUAACUAAGGUCACAGGAUGUAACAAAAAGGUGCCAAAAGGUCAUUCAAAUAUUAAAUUAACCUUUUUAAGUUUUACUGCACCUUUUUGAUACAGACUGUAUAGCUAUAUUCUUGCGGCUCAGACAGAAGACUUAUUACGCUUUUUAUUUUGAGGUUAGAAACAUUUUUUGGAAAUUUCUGAUAAAAUAUCCAUUACCUUGUAAUAAGAGUGGUAACAUUAUAAUCGGGGCCCCACCCUCUACCAGAUUUAACCACUUAUAGCCCCUUCCGCCUGUCAAACGACACUUAAGCCAAUCGUAUUUAUUUUCGUAACUUUAAGAUUUUUUUUUCUCGAAAAUUAUGAGGCUUCAUGUUAUAUUUUAGUACAUCGUUCUACAUGUCGAGCUCUAUACAGAAAAAAAUAUCAGCUUCUAAAUCGACGUCACGUCUUCUAGAGUGCUACCAUUCUUGCAAAUAGAUAAUCAAAACUUUAUCUGAUUAAAUCUUUAUAUAAAUGAUAGUUUAAAUUUAAUUAAGAAUGAAUAAACCAUAAUGA